AUGAGCUCGAUUGAAGAAGUUGUUGCAUUGAUCAGUGCAUUGUACUCUAGACAACAUGCCUCUCAAAUAGAUGUUAACGAGAUUCAAGUUAAGUUACAAGAAAUUCAAAAAUCCCCUGAUGGAUUGUCAUUAGCGAAUGAAUUGCUAUCUAAUGCAUCAUAUGAUAACAAUGUUCAUUAUUUUGGAGCCUUGACUUUGACUGUACAAUCUAAUUUGGAAUCUGCUAAAGCUAAUCGUAAUAAAUUACUGAAAUUAAAUCUUCUACAUUUAACUACUUUCGUUCGUGGAUAUGUUCUUAAUUCAUCCCAGAAUUCAGGUAAAUAUAUUAUUAUUAAAAAAUUAAUGUCAAAUUUGUCUCUAUUAUUUCAUGAUAUCAAUGAGUCUGAGCCAGAGUUGACUACAAAUGAGGAAAACUCUGGGAUGAUUAACCAAUGGUGGAACCCUAUUGAUACUUUGGUCCAAUUAUUAACGCAGGCCAAUCAUCUUGAUGAAUUAUCUCAAGCAGAUGAACAGAUAAGAGAUAGCAUUAUCAUUCAAUCUUUAAAUGCUCAAAUACCAUAUCAAGAUUUAAUUAAAUUUAUUUCGUCUAAUCCUCAUUAUAACCAAUUAUUAUUAACAUUUACAGAAAUCAUUGUAGAAGAUCUAUCUAAAUUACAAACUAAGAGACAUUCUACUCCAAGAAUCAAUGAAAUUAUACGUAAUUCUGUAUAUAUUACUACUAUGUCUUUAUUAAACGUAAAUUUAACUUCUACACCAAUUGAUCAAGUUGAUGACACAAUCUUCAAGACAGCUAUGGCUUGGAUCACAUAUGUUUCCCUGACUAGAGGUGGUAGUGUCAGUAUGGAUCUUUCUGAACUAUUUCAAAAUUUGAUUAAUAUGAUGUAUCAAUCAAAUGAUAGCACUGAUUCAUUUCAUGUGGCGGAAAAGAUUUUAUCAAUCUGGGGAUAUGUAUUUGCCAACGAUCCAGCUAUCAUGAAUCAUGAUUUAAGGGAACAAAUCGAGGUCACAUUUUUGGGUGUGACAAGAGCUGGGAAUGCAGAUAGUUCAAAGAAUCAAUGGUUCUUGCAAUAUAUGAACUAUUUAGUGACUAAUGAAAUGAUUUCUGAAUUGAAAGAAUUGUCUAUUUGUAUUGUAGAUUUUCUUCAAACAAAUAAUCUAGAUCUUUGUAAUAAACUUUUUACUAAAGUAGCACAUGAUGAAGUAGUUAUUCAACAAUACAUUAAAGUGUUAUUACAAUUGACGAACUUUCCUUUAUUACCUGUGUUACAGGAAUCUUUUUCGAUUAGAAUGGUAGAUUUCUGGUUAGAUUUGGCAGAUUCUUAUAUUAAUUUACCAAACGAAAUUUUAUCAACCAAUGCUGUCAAUAUUGCAAUAGACAUUUUCCAACAAAUUAUCAAUAUAUAUUUGCCAAAGAUCUCUUUGGAUAAUAAACAGAAGAUCCUUCAAGGUGGGGAUGACGAAAGUUUAGUACAUGAAUUUGACGACUUUAGAGCAGCAGUCACUGAUUUGACACAAUCGUUAUGGUCUAUUUUAGGUAAUGAGUAUUUAACUAAUGUUCUUGUCACAGGUAUUGGUUUUAAUGACGCCUCUGGGAUCGUAGUAAAUGGAAACGAUUAUUCAAGUUUCUAUCAGAUUGAAGCCAUGUGUACUGUUCUAAACAAACUUUUAGUAGAUAUGGAUCUGAGUGAGAGUCCGUGGAUUGUUAAUAUACUGUCUAAAAAUCAAUAUUUCAUCCAGAAUAUUUUGUUAUUGUUUAAGACGGGUAUGGUGAUUGAACAAAAUAAUAGAAAUAAUUCUAUUCUAAAAUUGGAUUUUGUCAGAUCUUCUUCUGAUUUGAUUAGUACCAUUUCAAAAUAUUUUAAUCGUGAUCCAAAAGAGUUGAAUUCAUGUAUAGAAAUAUUGGUUCAUGGCUUAGAAACUUGUACAGUAAGAACUGCGGCUAAUAAUAACUCUAACGUGGAUGUGAAGGUUCGGGAUAUAGAUGAUAAACUAGAAGUUAUUGUGGUUAGAACUAUUACUAACCUAUGUGAUGUCUGCCGUAAGCAAAUGAGUAAUUAUUUAGUUCAUUUCUUUAAUUUUUUUAAUAAUCUGUUACAGUUUGAAAACAACGGAUCUCAAUUUACUAGAGGAAAAUUGGCAAGAUGUAUUGGUUAUAUUAUUGAAUGUCAGUAUGAUUUGGGACCUGAAAAUCAGGCAAAAUAUAUUGUUCAAUUUUUGGAUAUGAUCAAUGGAUAUGUCGAUACGUGUUUGAAUUCUAGUCCAUCUUCAAUUUCCACACAACAAGUGGAUUACAUCCACACGAUGUUGGAAUGUAUAUCAGAAUUUGGAUCUUCCAUGAUUAAUAAUGAAGAAAAGGAGAAUACAAAAUUGUUAGAGCAAUUGCCACAGUAUCAAGAAUUUUGGACUAGAGAUCCUUUAGGAUGUCGCUCUAGAGUACUAUCCUUAAUCGAAAGAAUUUUGACCAAUCCAAUUUAUAAUCGUAAUUCUAGCUUUAUUGAAGUUUCGUGUUUAUUGCUCGGGAAAGCAUUAUUGUUACCAGAUGAUGAACCACACUUCUUAAGAUUUAGUAUGGCUGAUAUUAUUCAGUUUAUUUUAAAACAUUUGAACGAAAAUAAUUAUACAUCUUCAUUACCAUUCUUUGUCUAUUUAUUAGAAAAAGUUGUUACACAAUAUAAAGAUAGUUUAACACCAAAUGAAUUGGAUUAUUUGAUUAAAGAAAUAUUCUUGAAAUGUUAUCAGCAAUUAAUUGUGAAUGAUCCAGAUUUACUACAAUCAAUGAUAAAUUUCGUCGUUAGUGUUGUGGAUACUAAACCAUCUUUGGUGAUUAAUUGCCCAGUAUGGGUGGAGUUUAUUUUACCAACAUUUAUUAAAUUAUUGCCAUCUAAUGAAAAAUUCACGAUUUUUGCCGUAACUAAAUUCUGGACUAAAGUAGUUAAUAAUAGAAAGUAUACCCAAGAAGAUUUACAAUUAACAAGACAACAGAUUACUAUGAUGGGGCAUGAGUUGGUAUAUCAAACUAUGUAUGGUAUUUACCAUACACAACGUUCAGAUCUGAACAGUUACACUGAUUUAUUAAGAUCCUUGGUGGCUAAGUUUCCAAUAGAGACAAAGGGAUGGCUGGUUGACGUAUUACCUAAGAUUUGUAAUAAUCCCGCAGUUCAUGAGAAUUUUGUUAGUAAAUUAUUUGUUACAAGAGGUAGUAGGGCUGCUGGUAAUGUUAUAUUAAAUUGGUGGCUAGCUUGUACAUCAUUGCCUUCAUAUUAA